UUUGUUAGUCUCAUAAUGCCUAUUAUGCCUAAAUACAAAAUGUUUCUUUUUUACAGGAUACAAGAAGUAGACGACAGUUUCUUUGAGAAGUUUGGUUCGAUUUUGAAGCAGGCAUCGCAAAGAGCUGCCCUAGAAGAGGCAACACCUUUAGCUCCUUUAAAAGAAGUCGAAGUGCAGGAUGGCGAGCAAAGAACGGAGGCAGAACUCCAAGGAGAAAUCCGUAGUGUAACCAGAGAUUCCGACAGUGGAAAUGAAACCUUAUUGGAUACUGAUUCCGAACCUGAUGAGCACGAAAAGAUUGAUCGUUAUGUGGAAGCCGUUGGAUGGAAUAUCGAUGAGCUUUACUUGGAAAUUCUUUAUGAAAUUCUGCACAAUGUGGGGGGAUGUGACGUGAAGUGCGACGUGGAACAGGAUGCGAUGCUGUCCUACGUUCAAGAGGCAUUUAAAAUAUCCAACGACAAGCACACAGAACUGUUCACGAUGGCUGAGGCCAAGGAACCACCAGAGCUGAUGUUGAAUGUAGAGAUUGUGGAAGCCAGAGAUCUUGUGCCCAAAGAUCCUACGGGGCUGAGUGAUCCAUUCGUUACCAUUUAUCUGAUGUCGAAUUCGGCUCAUCGUUACAACACGUCUGUGAAAUCUGGCACACUGAAUCCGGUCUGGGAGGAGCAUUUUUCAUUGCCCAUGCCAGGAAAUUUCCAAGAAGAUUCAAUAAUUUUUUGGAAAGUAUGCACAAAUUUUUCCAGGGAUUUUGAUCCAGCGGAAACGGUGAAAGAAAAAAUGACGAAGAUAAUGGACGUAAAAGGUGUUAAAGGUUUUAGGAAAUUAAUGAAGGAGAUCGUCAUCACAGCUUCAACUGGAAAGCAUGACAAUGAGCUCAUCGGUACCACGAAUAUUCUAAUCAAGUCAAUCCCAGCAAGCGGGUUGAACACUUGGUACAGUUUGAACAAGAAAAGUAAGCUUCGCAAGCAGGGCGUGAUCAAAACACGGCUUAGUUUCUCAUCCCAGAAGAACAACCAGGUGGCAGCACAGGAACACAGGCAUUUACUAAGGAUACUAUUGCUGCAUGAACUUGAAAACUCUAAGGUUGCGCAUUACUGGUGGAACGGUAACUUCAGUGGCCCUGCAGAGGCGAUUCUGACGCAGCAUAUCGCUCAGAGCGGGCUUACGCCACUGGACAGUUGUUUGGUGCAGUGGUCUGUGUACUGCGCAGUCACCGUCGACCAUCCUCUCAGCUUCACCCUCUUCAACGAGUUGCUUGACAAAAUCACAAAACCUUUGCAAUCUGGUCUCGUCUCUGAAGAGGAUGUUAAGCUAUUCUGGGACGGCGCUAAAAAACUCCUUCCAAUGUGCUACAGCCACAUCCGAAAACUGAGGAAAAACGCCGGGGACAAAAACGUUAUGAAGACCUUAAGAGAAGUACUUAAGAUCCUAUACAAAUUGUCAGUUUUGGACGUACCGGAGACAGUGAACUUGUUCCCAGAAAACUUGUAUGGAUGGUUAAGGCACGAUGGAUCAACGUUGAAUGUAUACGAAGUAUUAAAUCAGGCGGUUAUCCAAGGUGCAUCAGAUUGGUUUGUCCACAUAUUGGAUAAUAACGAGUGUAAGGACAACACGGAAGAGGCAAGGCUUCAGCAUUUAAUAAGGGUUAUACAGUUGGUGCGCUCCGAUUUGCAAAGGGCUGUCGAGUUCUACGACAGAGUUUUUAUUGAAAUAAUGAACUUCCCCUACACGAAAGCAUUGUAUGGUUUAUAUGAAAGCAAAAUUGCAUCUUUAGUGGAACCAGACGUGAUAGAAGUGUGUAAGAGUCUGAAAAGGUUGCAAUACAACGAAGGUUCGACUAAUAGUGUGCAUUUAGCCGGCGGUAUCAAUGGGCAGACCGGGCUUGGGGCACCGCAAGUGUCCAACGAACCCUUGGCGAUGGGCACAACAUUAUUCGAACUGUAUUUAGCGUUGCAGAGGUUUUUGAUGUUAGGGCAAGGUUUAAAUGAGACUGAAUGGAGUUCCUACGCGAUAUCGAAGUUCCACUCAUGGUUCUUCGGCGGCGUGGCGCAGUGGCUCGACAUCGCCGCCUACAAAGCCCUUGUGCGCAUUGAAAAGGCCGUAGAUCUAGACAAUCUAGUGCCAGUUGACACUAACGUGAAGUAUAGUAGCUCUGGUGUCGACACUUUGGCGAUAUUCUACCAAAUUAAAAUAUUCUGGCAGCAGUUAGCGUGGCCUGAUGUCGAAGGGUGCUACACUUUCGUGGCUAAAAUUAUUGAUGACAUCUGCCGGUGCUGCGUGUUCUAUUCAGAUAAGAUGGCGAAUCGCGUCGACAGCGUUGGAACGGUAAGCAAUGUGUUUGAAGAACGGUUUGAAGUGACCAACGAGUGGUGUGUGGCGAUCAACAAUAUCGAUUACGUGCGGCAAAGCUUAGAGCCUUUUGUGGAAGAACUCGGAAUGGAAGAGAUCAUACAGAAAAUGUGUGAGGCCAGAUCACCGAUUGAGGCGCAGAGAUGUAAGGAAACAUUACAGAAUGUAAUCGCCAAUGCAAUUGAUACUGUCAAGAAUAAAAUCGUAGACUUGUUAGAAAUUAUGAUUAAAAAGAUGAUGCCGUCGAUAACCCGUUUCUUAGUAGAGGGCGCUGAGUUACUCCACCAGGACUGUUCGAGUAUGGACCGC